AUGGAUCUCUCAGCUCUUUCGUCGACAGAACAAAUGCAGAUGCAGCAGAUCAUCGAGCAGAAGCAGAUGAAGGACUUUAUGCGUCUGUACUCUGGCCUUGUUGAGCGCUGCUUCCAGGGUUGCGUUAACGACUUUACGUCGCGUGCGCUUACCAGCAAGGAGACCCAAUGUGUGUCCUACUGCACACAGAAGUUCUUGAAGCACUCGGAACGCGUGGGCGCCCGCUUCGCCGAGGAAAACGCUCGUCUGAUGGGCCAACAACCGCAGUAA